AUGGCCCCCGCCGCACCCCAGCUCCCGACCCGAUUCCCUUGCUGGUGUCGGGCAAUAUAUUCAUGGGGUGGAGAAACAAAACGCGACUUGGGAUUUGUGGAGGGCGACCUCAUUGAGUGUCUAAAUGCUGGCGAUGGUCAGUGGUGGAUGGGCCGAUUGCGGCGAGACAGGCGCAUGAUGGGGUUGUUUCCCUCCAACUUCGUUGAAGUGCUCAGGGAGGAUUUCGUACCUGUGCAACGGUCAACGAGCCCUAUGCUACCACCUGCCUCGUCGCCGAUCACAAAUCCAACUUCGGCUCCUAAGAAACAGAAAACGGUCUUUCGGAAGCCAUUCCAGGCCCAUAAAGAAGCUCUUGCACCUUCGGGUGAGCUAUCCCGGAGCUCGACCUCCUCAUCGCCAGUGACCAGUACGAUCCCGCAAACUCCACCCCGAGAUGGCAGUCUUUCCUCGCGGAAGGUGAAGCCGCUGCGCACCCCAACAACCGCUGUAAAGCAUCAGAGCUCUUUAUCGAGGCCCGUAUCCCGGUCCAGGCCUUUGUCCCGUGCGAUGUCCCCGCACCCUCCAGCCGAAUCAGAUCCCCAACUUUCGUCCACCCUUCCUGGGACAUACAUGGCCCGGUCAAGACCUCCCUCUCGCGGAGUGUCGCCCCAUCCGCCAGACCCAGAACUCCACCUUCCUUCCAUCCCACCUGUGCAAAGUGCACCACGCCCCGGACCUCCUCCUCGUGCAGUAUCGCCAGCUCCUCCGCCAACCAUCGAUUACCAGCUCCCAUCUCUCCCUCCUAUGGAGGUUGCAAUCCAGAGACCUGCGUCUCGUGCAGCAUCCCCAUACCCGCCUGAUGACGUAGAUCUUAUGCCUCCUCAAGUUCCGAGACACAGCAUAUCUCUACACCGGCCCUCUUCGCGCGAAAUAUCUCCACUUCAGCUGCACGAGAGAGAAGACUCGCCGCCCCCGCCACCUCCACCACCACACAGAGUUGCUGUCAAUCGUCAGCCGUCCAUCGAACCACACGUUCCCACACGCCUAGACAUGAAUGAUCGUUUUGUCACAAUGUCAAGGACGCCAUCACCGGCUGCCCAUUCCGAGGGCCGCGGACACACCCCGUCGCCCCUUCGUGAUGCGAUGGAAGACGUGAUGACUUCAUUGGAGGAUAUGGGGCUGCCCCGAGGCGGACAGUCACCGUCGCCGCAGCCGAUGUUCAACAACCCGUGGUCACCGGACGCAUAUGAUAGCUUCCGUGAAACUCGGCCCAUACAAACCUCCCGUCGGCCGCUAACCUCUCUGGGAUUUGAUGGAGACAAGGAGUACCAAUAUCAUGGCAGUCAGACUCAUAGAAACAGCGUCUACGCACAUGAUCCCUACAUGGACGGCCCGCCACAAUUGAACAACUAUGUACAGAGGAUGGAAAGUCGACUUCGGCAGAUGCAAGAGCAGAGUCAAAGGGAGGCUGAGGAUGCGCAACAUUCUGAUGAGGAAGCCCCACCGCCUCCUCCACGAAACGUACCCUACCACGCCCGGCAUAAUUCGAUCCCCGCCCAGUACCCAGUGGUAAGAGGACGGAGGUCCGGCCAAGAUCUCCGCGGGGACUUGCUCAACCGGUCAUAUACCAACAAAUCCAGCACGACGAACUCUUCGAGCGGGGUGCACAGUACGAGUACGACACAGACGGGAAGCACCGAGAGAACCAGCCAAAGCAUCAUGAGUGGGCCCUCAGCCGGUGGAUUCAGCGCGACCAGUGCGGGUAGUUAUGCCAGGAGAGGUACCACUCCGGCCGAGAGACCAAACACGGCAGUCGACACGUUCCGCUCGAGAGGCUCCAGCGAUGUCUCCCGGGUGCCAAGGCCCGAAACGCCAUUGACCGGUAUAUCGUACCAUUCCAGCCAUAAUACCUCUCGGCAAGGUGCGUCAUCUGCCAUACCCUGGUCGUCCGGUGAAGGCGGCGCAGAAGAGCCGACCGCUGUGUUCGGUGGACUUUCCACACCAAAGGCCAAGAAGCCAGGAUUCUUCAAGAAGAUCUUCGAGUCAGCGAAGACAGGCGCUGCCAACGCGAGGAGCAGCAUCGCAGUCGGGCACAAUGGUGGAUCUUCAUCGCCCACCAAGGGCAGAGGAAUCUCGCCAAUCCGUGCUCUUCAAUCCAGCCGGGACUCUGCCCGCGAAAUGGGGCCUGGCGCCAGCGCCAUCGAUUGGGUACAAGUCCGUCGCGAUGUCAACCGCGCAAGCUCGCCCAGUCGAAACGAGAGAAUCGAACGGGCUGAAAGAUGCCAAAUGAUGGACCACCCUGUGAUCUAUUCGGUAGAGGAACUCUACGAGACGGCGGAAGGCGAUGAAAGCAUUGACGGCUUGCCGAUCAGUGAGCCGACCAACUUCGCCAGUGUCAACCUGAAUCUUGUGGACAAGAGCGCGCGUUUUGUCAACAGUCUUCCCCCAAUGACGAAUCCGGCGAGUUUAGCGCACGGGUAUGUCUGCCGCCCUUAUAAGAGUGAUGUCCAGAGGCUGCGCGCCAUCUUUACUUGGGUGAGCGAAAAGAUCGCCUGGGAUGACCCGGUGGAAGAAAUCGGCAUCGAUUUGAGGCGUGUGCUCCAGACGAAAAGAGGCAGUCCCCAGGAAGUGGCCUAUCUGGUCAAAGAAAUGUGUGCGGCGGUCGGUCUCCACGCUGAAGCGAUCAAUGGGUUCCUUAAAGGCCCUGGGGAGAUGUUUGACCUGGACGGCCUCUCGCGACCCAACCAUUGGUGGAACUCGGUGCUCGUGGAUGGCGAAUGGCGCAUCAUGGACUGUUCGCUGGCCAGCCCUACGAAUCCGCGACGGAAUCAGUUCGUCACCAAUAACACUUCCGUGGCCGAAAGCUGGUAUUUCCUGGCACGACCCUUGGAGAUUUGCUAUACGCAUGUUCCUCUUUCUCCUGAGGAGCAACACAUCUGCCCGCCUAUCUCGCCAGACGUCCUACUGACCCUCCCGGCGGCCUGCCCACCAUACUUCAAGCUGAAUAUGCAGUUCCCCGAUUAUGAUACUAGCAUCAUCCGGAUUGACGGCUUGGAGGUCAUGCAGAUUCGCCUCUCAGUGCCCCCGGACGUGGAAUGUGCGGCCGAGGUGGAAGCCCCAGCGUUUGCCCGUGACGCCGAUGGUGAUUUCUUUGAAAGUGGCGAGGUUGUGCGUAAGCGCGCUCUGGUGCAGCCCGACUGGGUCAGUGGACAGAAGCGGAUUACGGUGAAAGCCAUCCUGCCCGGCGAUGAAGGACAGGGCACAGUCAAGGUGUACGCCGGCAAGAAGGGACUGAUGCACUCCAGUCGUGAUAUUCCCCACCCGUUGGCUCUUGCCCUUCCCAUGCUUCACAGCAGCGAUAACCCACCGUACGACUUUGUGCUCCGCCAUCCGACCCCUCACGCUCAGCGACAUGAUCUCUACAUCAUGCAGCCGCAGUGUGCGAAGCUGGCGGUCAACAACACCUUCGUUUUCGCUGUGCGCCAACACCCGGCCUCUCCGGCUUUGUCGUCCGGCAGCAAUGAGGCUGGCGUCAGUGGGCGUGUCUCACCGUCGGUCUUCACCCGGCCUGCGAGCGCAUUGAGUAUGGUUUCCAGUUCCGCGGGUGGUUCCACGGUGUCAGGGGUGUCCAACGAGUUCUCCGCCUCAACAUCGGCUAUUUCAUCCGGCCGUUCGAUGUCCGGACGCGAAAAGCCGGCCAAGCUGGCGAUUCAGUCUCCAUCAGGCAAGAUCCUGCGUUUGACGCGGAAGCCCGAGCAUAUGCUCAGCCCUCAUACAGGCACGCACGCAUUCACCGAUGCUCCGGCAGACGGCAGCGUCUGGGAGACAGUGAUCAAGAUUGGCGAGCGCGGCGUGUGGCGAGGCUUGGUACUGGCCGACCGAGUUGCACGGUGGUGUGUCUUUUGCGAAUGGGAAUGUUACUGA